GUUUGAAAUAAUUCUAUCGUAGAUAAUACUGUAGUAUCAGCCUGAUUGGUAUGUGAUUUUCACGCAAUAUUUAAUUUCACUUUGAAUUCUCAGAAGUUUCUCUAGAAGCAGUCCGAUCCUACAAUGAAAACCCAUAAUAAUAUCGAAGAAUGGUUCACCUCACGUAUGAAGACGCAUAUGAAUUGCUGUUAUGGAGAAGUAUAGCAUUCUAAGCGUGAUUGGGGAGGGCGCCUACGGGAAGGUGCUGAAAUGCCGCCACAACGACAGUGGCUCAUUUGUGGCCAUCAAGAGGUUCAUCGAGACAGAAGAAGACAUCACCGCGAGGAAGAUAGCCUUUAGGGAGAUUCGAAUGCUAAAGAAACUGCAUCACCCGCAUUUGGUAUGUUUGUUGGAAGUAUUUCGCAGAAAGAGGAGGUUCCACUUGGUUUUCGAGUACAUGCCUGCCAACCUCUUAGAGAAACUUGAAGAUGAUGGUCCGCUGCCUUCGGAGUUGGUCCGAAGAUACUUUUAUCAACUCGUGAAGGGUGUGGAAUAUUGUCAUAUCCAUAACAUCAUUCAUCGUGACAUAAAACCAGAAAACGUACUAAUUUCUGAAACAGGGAUUGUGAAACUGUGUGAUUUUGGAUUUGCAAGGUUUGCCAGCCUGAGCUCGGAACCGUUAACAGAUUAUGUAGCCACAAGGUGGUACAGAGCUCCGGAACUUUUGGUUGGAGAUAUUAAUUAUGGCAGGGGUGUGGAUAUAUGGGCUCUAGGUUGCUUAAUAAUCGAAAUGUUGACUGCUACACCUCUUUUUGCCGGUUAUUCUGACAUUGAUCAACUGUAUCAAAUAACGAGCUUGAUGGGAGGUUUGAGUUCUAACCAGCAUACAUUGAUGUGCAAAAUGACUGAAGAAAUGAAAGGUUCGAAUGAAUCUUGUGAAACUAUUGAACUGAUCGAAAAUAUAAGAGGGAGAAACCUAGACGAUAUAGUUUUCAAUCUACAAUCAAAAUAUCCUACCAUAGACAAAAAAACUUUGGAUUUAGUUUCUGCAUGCUUGAGUAUGGAUCCAGAAGAAAGGAUUCAGUGCCACGAGAUUUUGAAGCAUCGCUAUUUUACUUGGGAUAGAUUUUUUGUAUGGUUCCUGCCUGAUUUAGAAAAUAAAAUAAAUAUGGAUGCUGCAAAAAAGGUACAGGUGUCCGAGGUACCUUACCCACCGCUUGAUGCGACAGCUCUUGCUAGUAUAGUAGGACCUCGCCGGCCCACAAAAUUAAUAGGAGAAUGGUCUUUGGAACUAAUACAGGAUUCAUCACUGAAAGGCUGCCCAUUAUUCGCUGAUGCCAGAAAAUUAAAGAUUAAGCAGGCGAUGGUAGGAGAAUUAGAUAAAGAGAGUUUUAAAAAUUUGAGUCAAGAAAAAGUCAGUAGCUCAUUGCUUGGGGAUUCAAACGGAAGUAAAUUUAGUUUUGAGAAGAUGGAUGAAAAUCUUCAAACUGAAAUACCCAAAGAGAUUGAAUUUGAUAUGCCAAAAAUAAACAUGGAAUACAAGCGCAAUAUGAUGCCAGAAUCAUUUCAUAUAAAGCCAUAUCGGGGACGAUUACAAUUCAGCAGAGAACAUUGCAAUGCUCUGGCACUUCAAAAAUCACAACACGAUGAAGUCUGUUUACCGCAAAUCAGAGAUUUAAAUAGAUUCAUACGAAAGAAGGCUGACACUAAUGAAACAACCAUAUAUCAAGAAGCAAUAAGUCCAGAUCGACACCCAGAAAUCAAUAAGAAUUCAGACUUUUCUGAGAAGAAGAAUCAGAAAAAUUCUCAACUUAAAAGGAAAAAAAUUUCUAUACUUGAAGCUGUCACACAAAAGGCACAGCUAAAUAAAAACGAAAAUAUAUGCCAAUGUGAACAGGAAAUAUUGAAUAAGGCAAAUAAGGUAAAUCAGGUUAAUCUCCAUUUAACAUAAACAUUUUUGAAAUAUAAUUAUUUAAAAGAUA